AUGGCACUGAAUAUAGUAGUGACCCUUCUCCUGGCUACUGGUGUCUCUCUCCUGGUUUACCUUAUUAAAUGGUGGAACAAAAUAAUGCAGGAGAACCUGCCCCCAGGACCCACACCUCUGCCCCUGCUGGGGAAUAUAAUGCAGAUGAGCACCACAGAGUUGCCACAAUCUUUGGUUAAGCUUAGUGAGAAGUAUGGACCUAUCUAUACCAUCUACAUGGCCAGUAACCCUGCCGUCAUUCUGAUUGGCUACGAUGCUGUGAAGGAGGCAAUGGUUGACCAUAGUGAUGUGUUUAGUAGCAGAGCUGAGAUGGAGGUGACAGACCUAUUCUUUAAAAAUUAUGGUGUCCUCAUGAGCAAUGGAGAAAGAUGGAAGACAAUGCGUCGAUUCUCUCUCAUGACUAUGAGAAAUUUUGGAAUGGGGAAGAGGAGCAUUGAGGAGAGGAUCCAGGAGGAGGCUCGGUGUCUUAUGGAGACAUUUGUGAAGAACAAAGGCAAUCCAUUUGACCCAGCAUAUCUACUACAACUGGCUGUGUCCAAUGUUAUUUGUUCCAUUGUGUUUGGAGAAAGAUUUGACUAUGAGGACAAGAAAUUCCUGACCCUCUUAUCACACUUAAAAGAUUUUAUCCAGCUGCUAAACUCUGGCUCAAGUCAGCUUCUGGCUAUGUUCCCGACCUUGAUGACCUAUGUUCCUGGACCUCACCAGAAGUUGUUACCAAGUUUCCAAAAAAUUAAAGACUUUGUGAUGAACAUGGUGAGGUCUCACCGAGACACCCUGGAUGAGAACACUCUACGAGACCUCAUAGACUGUUUCCUCAUGAAGAUGGAAGAGGAAGCAAAAAACCCAGAUACAGAAUUUCAUGAGGAGAACCUACAGGGGACAGUAAUUGACCUGUUCUUUGCUGGGACAGAGACUGCUAGUGUGACAUUGAGAUAUGCCUUCCUGAUUCUGCUCAAAUACCCUGAGAUACAAGUUUCCACUCUCUGGUACAAAACAGGCAGGUCAGAUGUAAUAGACAAAAAACUGAUGUAA